AUGAGUAACUAUACCAUACUUAUCAAGAAACAUAAUUAUUAUGAUGUAUCAAGAUAUUCAGAAUCAAGUGAUAAUGAGCUUGAUAGUACUUCGGAUAUCUCACUUUCUGAUCAUGAGUUACAAUUAAAAGAAAUCGUAAUAUCUUCUGAUUUUAAUAAUAAUCACUAUGAUGAUGAAGAAUUUGAUAGUGAAGAUUAUAGUGAGGAUUAUGAUCAUUCUAACGAUGAUCGUUACGAUUAUAAUGAUCAUAAUAAAUCCUCAUUUAAGAUGCUUUCAUUUGUUUGCAACGUAAAAGGAUGUUUGAAAAAAUAUACGUUAAAAAGUAGUUUGAAACGUCAUAUUCAACAUCAUCACAUAGAAAAAAAUCCUUUUAUUUGUGUCGAACCUCAAUGCUUUAAUAUGAAAUUUUCAACUCUUGAUUUAUUGAAAAGACAUCAACAAAAAGUUCAUGAGAAUCAAAUCUUACAUAAACGCUCAUAUAUUAGAGAAAAUAUAGAAUUAGAUAAAAUUUUAGAGAAUAAUGAAAUUAAAAUUUAUGAAAGAAAGUACCCUUGUAAAGUGUCUGGAUGUAACAGAGUAUUUGAUAGUAAAAGUGCAGUAGCAUCUCACAAACGAUUUCAUAACACUGAAAAAGAAAAGAAAUCUAACAAAUGUGAUGUUCCCGUCUGUGAUAAGAUAUCUGAUAGUUUAUAUGAAUUAUGGGAUCAUGAUCUGUUUCACCUUGAAAAUAAUAGAAAAAUUUGUGAUGAAACCGAAUAUUCUCAACCAUUUCAAAAUUUACAAGAAUUAAAUGAUGAUCAACAAAUAUAUACAAAUGAUAAUUUAGGUGAAACUGAAUUUAAUUGUGAUGUGCAAGGUUGUAACUUUAAAAUUGGGCAAUUUGAAGCUUUGAAACAACAUCUAAAUGACUAUCAUAACGUGAAGAAUUAUUAUGUAUGUAAUAAAGAAGGUUGUAAUUUUUGCUGUACAAAUGAUUCAAACUUUUAUAAUCAUCAACAAAUUCAUGUUGAUAAUAAUGUUAAUAAUAUAAUUCAUGAUAAAAAUGAAUUAUUCAAAUGUGAAAACCCUGGAUGUGAUAAAGUUUAUAAACGUUUAUGUCAUUUAAGAGCUCAUCAAAAUCGAAGAAAACAUCAUUCUCAAGUUGAAGAAAAGAAUUAUAUUUGUGAUGAACCUGGAUGUGAUAAUGUUUAUAAAAGUUUAUAUUAUCUUAAAAAACAUAAGGAUCUUAAUCACAUAAAAAUUUUAUUACCUUAUGUUUAUAUUGAUAAUGUAAACUUUGAUAUUAAACAAGAAAAUACUUAUUAUUGUAAUCAUUCAGGAUGUUCUUAUACAACUAAUCAAAUGGAAGAUUUAACAAAUCAUAAGAUGAUUCAUACUGAAGAAAAGAAUUUAGUUUCAUGCAAUAUUAUAGAUAUAUCAGAAAAUAAGAUUCAUAAUUUACGGAAAAUUAAUCAGAUUAAUUAUAAAAAAGAUCAAGUUUUUAUGAAUAAUACAAAAAUCAAUAGUCAUUUAUUAAUUAAAUCAAAGAAAAAGAUCUUUUCAUGUAAUGAUCAAGGAUGUAAUAAAAGGUUUAUUACAUUAAAAAACUUGAAAAAGCAUAAGGCUAAAGCUCAUUCAAAAAGUGCAAAUAGUUUGUUUACUUUAAAAUCUCAAUCAAAAAAUUAUAAUAUAUGCAAAUAUAUAAAAAAGAUUCAAAUUCCUACUAGAGUAUCAUAUGAUUUUGUAAAUAAAAAGCAAUUAGAUAUAAGUAAUGAUAUAUCAAAAGGAAAUGAAUUAGAUACUUAUAGAUUACGAAAACGUCCAAGAAUUAAUAAAAUUAGAAUAUUGGAUGAUGAUGAUAAUGAUUGUCUUUGUAAAUUUACUGGAUGCAGAAAAAUUUUCAAUUCUGUGUAUUCUUUAAAAAUUCAUCAGCAAAAGUUUCAUAUGAUUACUAAAACUUAUCCAUGUAAUAAAUCUGAAUGUAAUUUUAGAACUAAAUUUUUUGAAAAAUUAAAAAAACAUCAAUUAGAAAAACAUGGAUAUUAG